CAACUACAAGCACUACGUCGACUACCGCAAGAACCGCUGCCACUACAACAACAAGUACCACGAUGGUCUCUACUUCAACUACAACAGCCACAAAUACUUCAACAGCUACGAUUACUACCACUACGACAGCGACCACAAGUACUUCAACAACUACCACUACAACGACUUCCACAACUACGACUACUACGACGACCACCACUACAUCUACGACAACAUAUCGACCUAUGAACCCAGGCUACUUGCGAAGGGAACUGAGCGGUCUUGUGUGCCACACGCACACUUAUGGCUUUCUGAGAUCUGCCAUACCGGACAGCUGUGACUUUGUCAUGGUCGACGUGCCGACGUCGUUGCCUCAGCCGCAUCCCCUUUACUCGUACAUGGCGACCAUCGACAUCGAUCCAGAUUCGUAUGAAACGGACAUAGUGCAGCACAUGGGGAGCGCUCAGGGCAAGGCGCUCCUAUUGGCGGUCGAGAGGCGCGUUUUGCGAAGCAGCCCUCUUCAGCAGAAUGCCGUUGCAAGGGGACUGGUCCAGAAAGUCGUCGAUAUGAACGCGCAUGGCAUCGCGCUCUCCGACAGAUUUAUUUCAGAAGCCGACACCAGGGUCAUCGCUCAAGAUGCCCAGAUUCUUUCUGAAGAAAUUCAAUCCUAUCACGGUCUUAUCAGAUACGACACGUUCCUCGGAAACCGUUCUGCUUUGAGGUCAUUGAUGUUGGAUGUUAUAAGCAAAGCAUCGAUCACCUUCGUGUACCGAGUAUCGGGGAUCAGCCGCGCAUUUACGCACCUGUACUUCGACAACUUCUAUUCAACGAGAAUGAACGAGAGGAACUUGAGCUCGAUCAUCGACGAUGACUUGGCCCAUCCUUUGAACACAUACGCUGGAAAUAGGUCGAUAGCGAUUUCAAUGACGCUGAGCGGAAAGCGGUGCGCGCCGUACACUUUGGCCAACUUCGCGACGCACGGAGCCUGCGACGAAUUCGACUUGGAUAUGUCUGUGCUGUGCGCACUGCCCCCAGGAUACAUCCAGUGCCUACAUUACUCAAUUAUGACAAGACAUUACGAUACGGGAGAGCACCUGCCAGACGAUGUCUUCUUCGAAGUGGAACAUACUUUCACUGCUAAGGUGCGCUUGAUUCUGCAGCAGCUAAGACAGGCAGGAGCGCCACCUGUGGCGUUCCUUCUCGAACGUUACGACAAGGAAACGCAGCACGUGAUAACCUACUACGACCAGGACCGAGGGGCUGACGUGCGGUGUGAUGCCACGCCGUUCGGCUUCACUGCUGGAGUGAAAGCCGAGCUUGCUAACUUGUGAUAUACGCCCAGCGGGUCGCCGUCGUUAGGCUUGCAGAUAAUCUUUACUCAUACUUUCGCUUUCAUGAAAAUGUUUUAUUUGUAAUACACGGGUGGCGACUUCACGUUUU